GCCAUGAGAAGAUAUUUUGCUGAAUUUGACAAAUGGCGUAUUUGGUUAGAAUUGCUGAGUAACACACUUAAGAAUAAUUGUUCCUGGAGGAUUAUGAACAUUUCAAACUAACAGCAAAGGCAGUAUAUUUUCUACAUUGUUCACAGUUGAUAGAAAAGGAGUGAGUGGAACAGAUGUGUUUGGAUUGUCAUUAUGAAGAACAUAAACACUUCACAACAGACUGAAAACUACAUUUCUGUCUGGGCUGACAACACGACCUUGUUUGUUUUACAUUAUUAACUGCAUUUAGAAACAGAGCCUGAACACACCUUGAAAUCCCGCCUCUUCUUCUUCCUGCUCUCGAACAAGGCCAGCCCUCUCAGUGUCGUGUCUCUGAGAGGGGGAAUGGCGCAGCAAGGAAGUCAGCGGGACAAGGACAAACUCUGCUGUUCCAUCUGUCUGGAUCUACUGAAGGAUCCGGUGACUAUUCCCUGUGGACACAGCUACUGUUUGAGCUGUAUUAAAAACUACUGGGAUGAAGAGAAUCAGAAACAUGUGUACAGCUGUCCUCAGUGCAGACAGACCUUUGAACCGAGGCCUGUCCUGAUGAAAAACACCGUGUUGGCAGAGUUAGUGGAGGAAGUGAAGAAUAAGAAGACAGACGUCAAAGCGUCUCCAGCUGAUCACUGCUAUGCUGGACCUGGAGAUGUGGGAUGUGAUUUCUGCACUGGGAGAAAACAGAAAGCUCUGAAGUCCUGUCUGCAGUGUCUGGUCUCUUACUGUGAGCAGCACCUCCAGCCUCACUAUGAAUCCCCUGCCUUUGGAAAACACAAGCUGGUCGACCCCUCCAACAAGAUGCAGGAGAUCAUCUGUACUCGUCACAAUGAGGUGAUGAAGAUUUUCUGCCGCACCGAUCAGCAGUGUAUCUGCUUUCUCUGCUCCAUGGAUGAACAUAAAGGCCACGACACAGUUUCAGCUGCAGCAGAAAUCAGCGAGAAGCAGAAAGAGCUCGGGGUGAGUCGUCAAAACAUCCAGCAGAGAAUCCAGAAGAGAGAGAAAGAUGUGAAGCUGCUUCAGAAGGAGGUGGAGGCCAUCAAUCUCUCCGCUGAUAAAGCAGUGAUUGACAGCGAGAAGAUCUUCACAGAUGUGAAGCAGCAGAUCAGAUCUCGUCAGGAAUCUGAAGUGGCUCACGUCAACAAUCUUCAGGAGAAGCUGCAGGAGGAGAUCGCUGAGCUCAGCAGGAAGGACACCGAGCUGGACCGACUUUCACACACAGAGGACCACACCCAGUUCCUACAGAGUUACAGCAGGUUUUCAAGUCUGAGUGAAGCUACAGACUCCUCCAGCAUCACGGCUCGUUCCCUGAAGUACACUGAGGACGUGUCUGCAGCUGUGUCAGAGGUCAGAGAUAAACUACAGGAUAUUGUUAGUGAGGAACGGGCCACGAUGUCAUUAACAGAGACUCCACAGACAAAGCCCAAGAACAGGACUGAAUUCCUCAAAUAUGUAUUUGAUAUCACACUGGAUCAGAACACAAGGAACAAACAUAUCAGCUCUCAGUCUUGCAUUGCAGGAUUCAGCUUGAAUACCGAUGAAUGGUAUGCUCACCCAGACAGUUUCACUGACUGGGCUCAGAUUAUGUGCAGAGAGAGUCUGACUGGAUGUUGUUACUGGGAGGUGGAGGUAAAAGUGAGUGUUUUGGUUGCUGUUGCAUACAAGAGUAUUAGCAAAAAAGGAGAUGAAAGUUUUUUUGGAGACAAUGACAAGUCUUGGGCUUUGGAGUGUUCCAAUGACGGUUAUAAAUUCAGACAUAACAAAAUCAGAACAUCACUCUCAGGUCCUAAGCCCUCCAGAGUAGGAGUGUACCUGGAUCACAGUGCAGGUGUUCUGUCCUUCUACAGCGUCGCUGAAACCAUGACUCUCCUCCACAGAGUCCACACC